UGUAUUGUUAUAUAUAUACCUUCAAUCGAGCUUCUUCAAUGUCAAUGGAGUAUCAAUGUCUCUGAAAGUCCUAAAUUAAAUCGCCAUAUCUUGUUUUUCUUGUUUUUUGUUGAUGCUGCAUGCCGUUGUGGUUUCUCAAUUUGUAUUUAUACGCGCAUAUCCCAACAGCAUCUCAUCAAUUCAGAAUAUAUAUACCAGUACCUAGCUUUUAGCUACAGCUUUAUAGGUCGAGAUUUUGAUUCUGAUUUUGUCUGAUCGAUCGAUGGAGGAGAAUUCCGAUCAGACUAGCGAUUGGAAGAUGAAUUUCACAGAGCACCGAUCACCUUCGGCCGUUGAUGCAAAUGAUUCUCGUUCCUGGAGACUCGACAUCAAUCAAUUCCGGCUGCCGGAAACUUCCGCUGCUGAUAAUCAAUCUUCAACUCUCAGCCGCCUGCUCCUCCCUACUCUAAGAAGGAAGAGAAGAGUAAAAGCAUAUUACAAGAAGCAAGAAAGCCUCUGUGAAGGAUUCAAUGAAAUGGAAACAAUCACAAAAUCAGGUUCUUUACCCGGAGCCCUAACCGAGGUUAGUAUAGUACUGAAGCUUCUUUUCCCGCCAAAUAUGAAACAUUACGCGAUUUUCACUCUGUUUUGUUUUCAGGAUGAAAUGACGAAUCUGGCUAAAAGUGAGAGAAUGGCGAUCUAUGUAUCCAACGUAGCUAACUUGAUUCUUUUCAUUGCUAAACUCUACGCCUCCAUUCAAAGCAGAUCGUUAGCUGUUAUCGCAUCAACUCUAGAUUCGUUUCUCGAUCUCUUAUCUGGAUUUAUUCUAUGGUUCACAUCAAACGCCAUGAGAAACCCUAAUCGUUAUCGGUAUCCAAUUGGGAAGAAUCGGAUGCAACCUGUUGGCAUUAUCGUUUUCGCAUCAGUAAUGGCAACUCUUGGCUUCCAAAUACUUCUAGAAUCUGCGAGAGAAAUCAUUGCCGAGACUCACCCUAGCAAGAACCAUGAUAACGAAGAAUGGGUAAUUGGAAUCAUGGUUUCUGUGACAAUCGUGAAAUUUAUGCUGAUGAUGUAUUGUCGAAGAUUUGAAAACGCAAUAGUGAGAGCAUAUGCUCAAGAUCAUUUCUUCGAUGUCAUCACUAAUUCCAUUGGAUUAGCAGCAACUGUGUUAGCCGUACGUUACUAUUGGUGGAUUGACCCUGUUGGCGCUAUAAUUAUAGCAUUGUACACGAUAAAUACAUGGACAAAGACUGUGAUAGAGAACGUACGGUCAUUAAUUGGGAGAACAGCUCCACCAGAAUUCUUAUCAAAAUUGAUAUAUUUGGUAUGGAACCACCAUGAAGAAAUAAAACACAUUGAUACAGUUAGAGCCUACACAUUCGGGGGUUAUUACUUUGUGGAGGUAGACAUAGUGUUGCCACAAGAUAUGAUUCUCAUCGAGGCACAUAAUAUUGGUGAAAUGUUACAAGAAAAACUAGAGCAAUUGGCGGAAGUUGAACGAGCUUUUGUUCAUAUCGAUUUUGAAUUCACUCACGCACCUGAACAUAAGGGAAAGGCUUGAAUAUUUUUUUGUUCUUGUAGUUGCAAAAAUAACAAUAACAAAAACUCAAUUCCCCUAAGGAAGAAUGGUAAAAUGUAGGCAGAUAAUCUGCUUCCAUAGAAGACCUCUAAUAUAAAGAGGAAAAACUUUUGCUUUUUAUAAUUACAUUUUUAUAUAUAAAAAUAUGUUUGAUACAAUUGAUAGAAGUCUAUCACUACAUGUAAAAUAGUGAGAGUUUCAAUUUUACUGUCUUUAUGUUUCUUGUAUUUGAUACAAUAUUAUUUUAUAUUUAAUUAUAUAAGUUAUCUAUGUGUAAUUGAUUUGAUAUAUUUUAAU